UUUGCAUCAUAGGUAGAGCAGCUAAGUCUGCUGUGUUUCCCUCAGUGUGGUGGGAUUACCUCUCCCUUGGCUUAUACAACUAUCCAUCACCACAGCUAAACAAGCAAACUUUCAAAAUGGCUGAUCUGACCUCUGCGAUGUCGGCUAUUCUAAACAAGGAGAAGGACAAGGAUGUCCCAGACAUCGAGUUGGAGGACCUGGACGAUCUGCUGACUCAGCUCACAGCAGAGGAGUUGGAGGAACUCAAUGGAGAUUUUGACCCUGAUAACUCCCUGCUGCCGCCCAACCUGAGAUGCAGGGACCAGACUAGCAAGGACCCAACUGGACCCUUCAACCGCCAGAAGCUGCUCAAGUUCAUUGAGAAUCAGGCCAAGCAGGAGAAGGACUGGGAGCAAAACAAGGCCUACGUCAAGGAAACCAAAGGCAAGGUGUUCAAGAAGAAGGACGAGGAAAAGCCAAAGAAAAAGAAUGAUGAUGGCGACUUCAACAUCGACACAGAGUGGGACGACAUUCUUACAGAAGCUUCAGAGGAGGAGUUGGUAGACCUGGCAGCUGUUCUGGGAUUCCACAGUAUGCUGACCCAGACACAGUACUACGCCUCCUUGCAGGACGAGAAGAUCAGUGAAGGCGGCUUCACAGGUCAUGCACGAGCACAGCAGUUCAAGGCUGUCCCCGACGAGCCCAUGAAUGACACUGAUGUUGAGAAGAGCAUAGAGCAGAUAAAGAGCAAUGACGCCAAGCUUAUACACCUUAACCUCAACAAUAUCAAGAAUCUCUCUAUCGAGCAGUUACUUAAUGUAUGCGAGGCCUUAAAAUCAAACACCACAGUGAAAGUGUUCGAGAUGGCCGGUGUGGCAGCAACGGACAAGGUAGCCAAGAAAUUAGCAGAAGCACUGGAGGAGAACAAGACACUGCGGACAGUGAAUGUGGAGUCCAACUACAUCAGCGGAGAAUGUUUGUUGCGGCUGAUGAGGGCCAUCAACACCAAUCAGGUCGUCACAGAGUUGAGAGUUGCCAACCAGAAACCAGAGUUGCUUGGCAAUCAGGUGGAGAUGAACUUGCUGAAGUUGAUCCUGGAGAAUAACACACUGCUGAGGUUUGGUCUGACCUUCGAGUUCCCCGACCCCAGGAUUCGAGUCAUAAACAAGUUGAAGGCCAACUACGAUGCCCUACGAAAGAAACGCCACCGGGAAAGAUUGAAGCCCUCAGUUGUGUGAACAACAAGGGUUUGUGUGUCAUUGACCAGGACUUAAAACAAAGUGACUAUACAGAUGAAGGAAAGGAUUACACGGUCAACCUUCUACACAACACUUCCUGUCCACAGUAUUACAGGAAUGUUCACACCUUAUGUAGAGCUUCGUAGAUUGUGUGCAACCAUGCUUGCAUUGUGCAGAGUACCCUCCCUUGGACCAGUUUCUGGAGUUACCUCCCAUUGAACAGUGUUGAAGAUGAUUCUGUUAGGAUUUCUUCACUCAUAUUACCUGCUGCCUACUUUAUUUAUUUGCUUCAUUAGUUUCUGUAUAGGACAUAGAUUUGUAGAUAACAUCUUUCAUUCACAUGUUAGAAUACUUGGCCAUUGAUGUGCAUUGCCGUAACGGUAUGUUCUGACUCUGAACAAGAUCUUGUUAAACUAGAAAAAUAUGUAUUGUAUUUGAAGGUCAAGAUUUUUCAGUCUUAUUUUGAAAUUGCAGUUAAAUUAUGAAAUUGAUCAAACUUAUGGAUAUUCCAAGGCCUUUGUUUUGUCUGAACUAGGUGUAGCUCUAGUGUUGAUAGUGUUUACCAGCAAUUACCUUUUCAGAAGACCUUAGACCAUGUUUGACUUAAUCCUGACUCAUGCUAUAGAAGCAGUGCUUUGAUCUUGUCUGUAUAUAGAUAUUACAUAUACAUGGAUUAAGCUUUUACAUUUGUUACGUAGGAUGUCAUUUCAACCAAAUUGUUUUUUUAAUUUUUUGUUGUUUAUACAUUAGAAAAAUCACACCAUGAAUUAUGCCAUUCUCUACCUGAGGUUCAGAGUGUUUUAUCUUUUACAAUUUUAAUGUUAUUGGACAAAUUUCCAGGAAUGGUUUAUCGUUAUGCAUCUACACAGGUAACGAAAUGUGUAACUAUUUUUAAAAUCGUACAUUUGUGAUUAAUUUGAAGUUAGAAAAAUGAAUACUUUUUGUACGCAGAAUUGUGUGUAUGUGGACACUCAACAAGUGGAACACCCGACCGUUUCCAGGUCAUGUGUUUUAUAUGGCGCAUGCGUAUUGCCUGGUCGAACACCUGGUGUUUAUAUGUAUACAGCUUCUCACAGUCAGUGUCAUUGAUGUGUGGAAAAUAUGUCUUAAGUGUCUGGCUGCCCUCAGAAGUGUCUGGCUGCCCUCAGAAAUGUCUGGAUUGGCCAAGUAGAUGUUCCGUGUGGUGUUUGAGGUCAGUCAACAAACAGGCAUAAUUAAUGUAGUUCCUCAAUUUUUAUACAUUUUAUAAAUAAAUUCCAUCAGAAUCAAACCAUGACACCAACCAUACAUAUUCAGAAUCUUUCUUUUGGCCAAGCUCGCUGACUUGGUUGGCACAUGUCUUCCUAUCCCAACUGUGUAGAUCGAUGCUCAUGAUGUUGAUCACUGGAUUGUCUGGUCCACACAGACCGCCGCCAUAUAGAUGGAAUAUUGCUGAGUGUGGCGUAAAACUAAACUCACUCACUCUUUCUUUUGUCAUAGUUCAUGUUUGAAUAAGUCAAAAGUAAGCAGGUUAUUCACAGUGUUAAGUAAAUGUGUGUGUGAGUUUGACACUGCAUAAUUUGGAGAGUUCCUGAUGCAGUGCCUGUCCUGUACUGUACCUGUUGUAGACGGAGAGAGGGCCUGCCUCAGCUUCAAGGUCCUCAGUGCAAUGAAUAGUGCAAUUAACACAAGCUGAAAACUAUAUACGCAUUGAAAUAAUGUAACAAGCUUCAUAAUGAUUCUUCAGUAUGAAGCUGUUUUUGUGAAACUGUUUCCUCUCUAUUUAUCUUUAAACAACUAUAAGGGAACUGGGUGGAGGAGUAGCCUCGUGGUUAAAGUGUUCGCUGAAGACCUGGGUUCGAUUCCCCACAUGGGUACAAUGUGUGAAGCCCAAGUCUGGUGUCCCCUGCCGUGAUAUUGCUGGAAUAUUGCUAAAAGCAGUGUAUAACUAAACUCACUAUGAGGGAAACUGACUGGAAAAAUAGAAACAUACUGUUAGCUUUUUCUUUUAUGCUUAUUCAUAGAGUGUCACCAUUUAUGAAACAUCUCCAGAGGUUCCUGUAGAAUUUGUGGUGGUUGAGUUCACCAAUGAUAGGUUGGCCGUGAACUAUAGCAAGAGCUUGCCUUUUGUAGAUCUCCAGUAUUGUCAAUGACAGUUUAGUAUUAGAUCACACCUCGCCUUACUUUUAGUUUUCACCAUCAUCAAGUUGUCAUUAAACUGUUUAUUAUCCAUACUCAGGGCCUUUCAUUUAUGUUUAUGGGCCCAGAUCAAGAAUAUUGAUUGCUUUUUUUUUUAACUCAUGUUUCCUUACCUAUUACAGACUUGCUUUCUAAGAUUGGAAUCUCAAACCUGUAGAAGUAGAAUUUAUGGAAAACAAAAGACGUGAGGCUUACUGUGAUUAUUUCUGGGUGUCAAUUGUUGAGUGCAGAAACUGGCAAUGUGCCAGACUGUUGGUCCAGACCAAGGUGUGAGUUAUCUCCCCUUGCUAAUUCGUUUCUUUCAAGUUGACAGUGGGGAACAUUGCUUUGUUCAUUUCUUGGUUUAAAUCAGUGGUAUGACAAUCAAAGUAGGAAUAUUGGCACAAAAGAAACUUCUGCAGUUGGGUAUAUGAAAUAGUUAUUUGAAAGACUAUGGAAUUACUUAUUCUUCUCACAAACACCUAUGGAAACAUGAUUUGCUUGAAAGGAAUGUGGGUGGUAUUUAAAUGACAUGUGAAAAUGGCCAAGCUGGCUGUCAGCUGCACCUCUCAGUGUGGUGCCCAAUGCCUCUCAAGUCUACAUUUGCUGGAAGUCUUUUCGUUUUCUUGCCAAUGGUUGUGCUGAUUGUAAAGUUCCUUCAACAGACAGUAUGCAUCUAAUUGGUAAUAAACAGUACCCCCC